CAGCAUUCUCUCUCACUCAGACCUCUCUCGCCACUACUUCUUCUUACAGAAGUUCGCGCUUCAGUUAGGUGACACAAUCUCGUGUCUGUGUUCUGUUGGUAUUCUAUGAAACUGUGCAAAUCGGCAAGAUGCUACUAUUGUAAUUUAUUGAAUUACUUGUGAUUACGCGAGUUAAAAUAAUGAGCGAGGCACAGGAAGGUGAAAGUGACAAAAUGAAAUCAAACGUGAUUUUGGAGACUCAGGAAGUUGAUGAAUCUGAUAUUGAAAAGUUAAAAGGAGAUACUGUAGGGGAUACACUUUAUAGUGGCAAGUGGAUAGUUAAUAUUUUACUUUCUAUAUCUAAGGUACAUGAAGAAGGAUGGAAUGAGAAACUGGAAUAUGAUUUAUGCACUCUGUGGGACAUGACCACAGAGAUAGACAUUAUCAAGUUUCUAUUUGACAAUGAUUACUUUAAGAUUGCAGAAUAUGUUCUGAAUUCCUCUGAUGAGCCAAGGUUUAUAGAAAUAAUUUUGGGAAUAACUGGAAAUAUGACUUGUGAUCCAUUGAUACUUGAUGCGUUGGCAGAGAAUGAGAAGUUUGUUGAACUGAUUCUUCGAUACUUAUCGUUCGAAGACUCUGCUACAUUAGUUCAAGUACUUAGACUUUUACGUUCUGCUCUUUGGAGUAUCCAAACUAAUCCCGAAUCGAAAUGGAGAGACCAUUUGAGAAAUUCAACUAUUUUGAGGGAAAUAAUCCCCUUCAUUUUAAAAAGUUCGACAAAUGAGGAACUUUUAAUUACAACAACAAGUUUUCUGCGGACCGCAGCAGACAUUGAUCUCCCAACCGGAGAGACAUUGUUAAACGAAUUGUUUCUCUCCUCUCAAUCAUCUAGUUUUCUGUCAGAAAUGCUAGAAUCGUUUCAAGAAGUUCUUCCACAAGACGAAAAUCAUUAUUCGCCUUCGACUUUGAAAUACUUUGAAGAUUGGCUCGAAGUAUUCUCGAAUCUCCCGAAAGAUCAACUUUACCUAGAAAUUUUACAAGAUGAUAAUUUGGCGAGGACGGUAGAAAUUCCGCGACGAAUUUUAACGAAUUUCGUUGACCCAUGUAAUAUUCAUCCACUUGAUGGAACCAAAGCUUCUUGCAUCUAUAGAUGCGCAGAAAUGAUUCUCGAUUUCCGGUUGUCAAAACUCCUGACGGCGGUAUCUACAGUUGACAUUAAUUCGACAAUUUUGAAAAUUAUAGACAAUAUCGACACAGCAAUGAAAGAAGAAGAAGAGGAUCCCGAAGAAGCGAUGGACGAAUUAUUAAAGUAUCUUGAAGGGUAUUGGGUUAAAGUAUCAAGCAUUUCCUCGACAGACGAGAUUUUAAAUAUUCUGAAAACGAACGAAAAAGUUGUCAUCGAUCAUACAAUAAGUUUAUUAAAAUCAAAAAUCCCCGAAGAAAAAAUCGACCGGAUAAGAGCUGGAUUGUCGAACGAGUAGAGGUCUCGAACAAGAAGCAAUAGAAAAAGGUAAUUAAAUUAAUUUUUUAUAUUUAAUAAGAUGGGCAAAGAUAAAUUUAAAAAA